AACUACACGUCCAGCCAUCUCCACACUACCGUCAGUAGUAGUUGCAGACAAUUCAGUUCCAAUCGGCAAAUUAUCGCUACAAAAGUUACAAAAUAUUCAGAUAACGACGCAAUAAUGUCAAACGGCAUAACUAAGCCUGAAAUUUUAAGGCCUCUAACUGAACCUGAACUUGAAGAACUUUUGCAACUAUAUAAACAAAAAUAUGGCAUUGAUAGUCCUCAAUAUCUGCUCAUCUACAAUCAGUGUAAAUGGAAUGAAAAACUAAAAGAAUUGAAAAUAUCGGAUCAAAAUAAAAAAUGGAUUUCAUUUCGCAGAGAAUUUUAUACACAUGCAAAAGGUGACUUUAGGACAUACGGUACCUAUAUAUGUCUCCAUCAAGACUUAAUCCAAAGUGUUACCUUUCACACUUGGCAACCGGAUUUUAAAGAAUUAUUAGAAUGUCUGGACAAAACUGAACUGAUAUGUUGGCAGAGUGGUCCUUUGCUAGUAAAUGUGGCAGCAGAAUAUUCAAAAGAAUUAAGGCAGAUUAUUGCAAAUAAAGGUGUCACCAUACAAAGGGCACGAUCAUCCUCUCUCUUUGUUUUGAAGCGUGAAAAUGCCCUAAAUUUGGAUCCACCAGUAAUUCCCGAUGGCUAUGAAUUAAGGCAACUCCAGCAAGAAGAUGCCGAACUUGUCCAUUCACAUUGGCCCAAUAAAAAAGAAGGUUCAUUGGACUACCUAAAGGGUCUAAUCGAAAUCGAUACAACGUUUGGAGUAUUCAAGAAAGCGGACAACUCUUUAAUUGCUUGGAUUUUUCGUAACGAGUUCAGUGGCCUGGGUAUACUACAAGUUCUAGAGUCCGAACAACGAAAAGGAUUUGGUACAAUUGUAGUAAAAGCAAUAAGUUAUGCCAUUGCCAAAACUGAAAGCAUCAAUAUCACCGCGUGGAUUCUACUUGAAAAUGUAAAAUCUCAAACGUUAUUUCGGAAUAUUGGUUUUGAAGCUCGUCUUGUUAAUCAGUGGAUUCAACUCAAUAAAAUUGAAUAAAACAUAGCAGCCCAAGGUAUACUGCGAAUUUUUAGCACAUAUAGGCUAUUUAAACCAAUGAAGAAGUAGAGUUCAAUUAUCUUAAAUAAACAACAUUUUAUUAAAUAAUUUA